AUGUCUCAAAUCACUCAUUCAAAUCCCUUUUAUCGUUAUCUUGGUGGUGCUACUACAGCUGGUAUAGCUAUACUUGCUCUUGUUUAUAAUGAUCGUGCCGUAUUUGAUUCAGCUCGAGAAGGUAUCAAGACACAGCCUGGUUGGCCGCUUAUUGGUAAUCUUUCUCUUUUGAUCCAACACAAAAACAAAAUUCAUGACUUUUUACUGGCUGGAUUUAAUCAAUUGGAUGAACUUACAAUCACAAUGUCUGCAUUAGGUAUUCCAAGACACAUUGCUACUCUAGAUCCUCGUAAUGUGGAACAUAUUCUAAAGAGACCAGAGUUUCAUGCAUCUCUAAGUGAUUUAUUUGGCAAUGGUAUAUUUAAUGCCAAUGGUGAAGAUUGGAAAUACCAGCGCAAGACAGCUAGUCAUGUAUUCAAUGUGAAGAAUUUUCGAGAUCAUUUCACAGAUGUGUUUGUAGAAGAAAUUGACUAUAUGUCAAAGCAUAUAUGGGACAAAGCAGCUGAAAACACCGAGGUGGUCGAUUUCCAUGAUAUUAUGUUUAAAUUCACACUUGACUCCUUUAUUCUUUUAGGAUUUGGUGUUCAAUUAAAUGCUUUAGCAUCCAAAAAAAAAGUGCCAUUUGCUGUUGCUUUUGAUGAAGCACAAAAGACUACUUUUCAGCGUUUCGUGAAUCCUGUCUGGACUGUUACUGAGCGAUUGUCAAGGCUAGUGAUGCCAUGGAGACCAAGUAUGAAUGACCAUUUGCAUGUUGUGGAUCAAUUUGCUUGCCAAGUGAUUGAGAAACGACGUGUAGAAAUGGCUCAAAAUAUCGAGUUCCGAGAUUUACUUUCUCGCUUUAUGCAUGCAAGAAAUGCUCAAGGUGAACUUUUGAAUAAUGACGAACUCAGAGACAUUGUGUUGAACUUUGUGAUUGCUGGUCGUGAUACAACUGCACAAGCACUUUCAUGGACCUUUUAUAUGUUACUAUGUCAUCCUCGUAUUGAAGAGAAGCUAUUGCAAGAAAUAAGCACUGUUCCUGAUCAAGUUAUGCAUGAUUCACCAGCUCUUUAUUCAGUUGUCAAGGACUUGAAGUAUGCUCAUGCCGUGUUUUACGAAGUAUUACGAUUGUACCCUUCUGUGCCUUUGAAUCAGAAGUAUGCAUUACAAGACGAUAUCUGGCCUGAUGGUACGCAUAUUAAAAAGGGAGAUUAUGUCUUGUGGUGUCCGUAUGCUCAAGGUCGCUGUGAGAAAGUGUGGGGACAAGAUGCUCAAGAAUUUCGCCCUGAGAGAUGGUUAGAUGAACAAGGCGAGCUACGACGAGAAAGUCAAGGGCAAUGGCCUGCUUUUCAUGCUGGUCCAAGAGUGUGUCUCGGGCAGAAUUUGGCGACUUUGGAAGCGUUGAUUGCUAUUGUCUUCUUGCUCAAGAGAUACAAGUUUAGUUUAGUGAGUGGACAGAAUAUUACAUAUCAAGUCUCGUUGACUUUACCUAUGCUUCAUGGCAUGAAAGUCAUGGUACAGAAGAGAGAAUAAGCUAGUCAUUUUAAUAAACAAUACAAUCAUUUGUCAAUUGCCAGACUCUUCAAAAUAUAAGCCUGUGCAGCACAUAUUCAAGCAGAUGUAGCUGAGAUAAAAAUUGCUAGGCCUACAAGCGUAUUCAAUUGGUCAUUUUUUAUUGGUUUUUUUUAUCUCCCUUUUCACUUUCUAUACAGAUGGUAAACCUGAUAAAGAAUGCAACCAACUAAAUUAGCAGCUUCGUUUUAUUUUAGUUCAGAACCGCCAAGGCAAGACGAGAUUAGCAAAAUGGUAUGUGCCUUAUGAAGAUGAAGAGAAAGUCAAGCUUAAGGGAGAAGUGCACCGUUUGGUUGCACCUCGAGACCAAAAACACCAAAGUAAUUUUGUGGAGGUAAGUCUCCUUAAGUGGUGAAUGCCUUGUUUAUACGUUG